AUGUCUAACCAAAUAUACUCAGCGAGAUAUUCGGGGGUUGAUGUUUAUGAAUUCAUUCAUUCUACAGGAUCUAUCAUGAAAAGGAAAAAGGAUGAUUGGGUCAAUGCUACACAUAUUUUAAAGGCCGCCAAUUUUGCCAAGGCUAAAAGAACAAGGAUUCUAGAGAAGGAAGUACUUAAGGAAACUCAUGAAAAAGUUCAGGGUGGAUUUGGUAAAUAUCAGGGUACAUGGGUCCCACUGAACAUAGCGAAACAACUGGCAGAAAAAUUUAGUGUCUACGAUCAGCUGAAACCGUUGUUCGACUUUACGCAAACAGAUGGGUCUGCUUCUCCACCUCCUGCUCCAAAACAUCACCAUGCCUCGAAGGUGGAUAGGAAAAAGGCUAUUAGAAGUGCAAGUACUUCCGCAAUUAUGGAAACAAAAAGAAACAACAAGAAAGCCGAGGAAAAUCAAUUUCAAAGCAGCAAAAUAUUGGGAAAUCCCACGGCUGCACCAAGGAAAAGAGGUAGACCGGUAGGAUCUACGAGGGGAAGUAGGCGGAAGUUAGGUGUCAAUUUACAACGUUCUCAAAGUGAUAUGGGAUUUCCUAGACCGGCGAUACCGAAUUCUUCAAUAUCGACAACGCAACUUCCCUCUAUUAGAUCCACCAUGGGACCACAAUCCCCUACAUUGGGUAUUCUGGAAGAAGAAAGGCACGAUUCUCGACAGCAGCAGCCGCAACAAAAUAAUUCUGCACAGUUCAAAGAAAUUGAUCUUGAGGACGGCUUAUCAAGCGAUGUGGAACCUUCACAACAAUUACAACAAGUUUUUAAUCAAAAUACUGGAUUUGUACCCCAACAACAAUCUUCCUUGAUACAGACACAGCAAACAGAAUCAAUGGCCACGUCCGUAUCUUCCUCUCCUUCAUUACCUACGUCACCGGGCGAUUUUGCCGAUAGUAAUCCAUUUGAAGAGCGAUUUCCCGGUGGUGGAACAUCUCCUAUUAUUUCCAUGAUCCCGCGUUAUCCUGUAACUUCAAGGCCUCAAACAUCGGAUAUUAAUGAUAAAGUUAACAAAUACCUUUCAAAAUUGGUUGAUUAUUUUAUUUCCAAUGAAAUGAAGUCAAAUAAGUCCCUACCACAAGUGUUAUUGCACCCACCUCCACACAGCGCUCCCUAUAUAGAUGCUCCAAUCGAUCCAGAAUUACAUACUGCCUUCCAUUGGGCUUGUUCUAUGGGUAAUUUACCAAUUGCUGAGGCGUUGUACGAAGCCGGAACAAGUAUCAGAUCGACAAAUUCUCAAGGCCAAACUCCAUUGAUGAGAAGUUCCUUAUUCCACAAUUCAUACACUAGAAGAACUUUCCCUAGAAUUUUCCAGCUACUGCACGAGACCGUAUUUGAUAUCGAUUCGCAAUCACAAACAGUAAUUCACCAUAUUGUGAAACGAAAAUCAACAACACCUUCUGCAGUUUAUUAUCUUGAUGUUGUGCUAUCUAAGAUCAAGGAUUUUUCCCCACAGUAUAGAAUUGAAUUACUUUUAAACACACAAGACAAAAAUGGCGAUACCGCACUUCAUAUUGCUUCUAAAAAUGGAGAUGUUGUUUUUUUUAAUACACUGGUCAAAAUGGGUGCAUUAACUACUAUUUCCAAUAAGGAAGGAUUAACCGCCAAUGAAAUAAUGAAUCAACAAUAUGAGCAAAUGAUGAUACAAAAUGGUACAAAUCAACAUGUCAAUUCUUCAAACACGGACUUGAAUAUCCACGUUAAUACAAACAACAUUGAAACGAAAAAUGAUGUUAAUUCAAUGGUAAUCAUGUCGCCUGUUUCUCCUUCGGAUUACAUAACCUAUCCAUCUCAAAUUGCCACCAAUAUAUCAAGAAAUAUUCCAAAUGUAGUGAAUUCUAUGAAGCAAAUGGCUAGCAUAUACAACGAUCUUCAUGAACAGCAUGACAACGAAAUAAAAAGUUUGCAAAAAACUUUAAAAAGCAUUUCUAAGACGAAAAUACAGGUAAGCCUAAAAACUUUAGAGGUAUUGAAAGAGAGCAGUAAAGAUGAAAACGGCGAAGCUCAGACUAAUGAUGACUUCGAAAUUUUAUCUCGUCUACAAGAACAAAAUACUAAGAAAUUGAGAAAAAGGCUCAUACGAUACAAACGGUUGAUAAAACAAAAGCUGGAAUACAGGCAAACGGUUUUAUUGAACAAAUUAAUAGAAGAUGAAACUCAGGCUACCACCAAUAACACAGUUGAGAAAGAUAAUAAUACGCUGGAAAGGUUGGAAUUGGCUCAAGAACUAACGAUGUUGCAAUUACAAAGGAAAAACAAAUUGAGUUCCUUGGUGAAGAAAUUUGAAGACAAUGCCAAGAUUCAUAAAUAUAGACGGAUUAUCAGGGAAGGUACGGAAAUGAAUAUUGAAGAAGUAGAUAGUUCGCUGGAUGUAAUACUACAGACAUUGAUAGCCAACAAUAAUAAAAAUAAGGGCGCAGAACAGAUCAUCACAAUCUCAAACGCGAAUAGUCAUGCAUAA